UGCUUUUCAGAUCUUGUAAAGGCCCAAAACUCAAUUUAGAAGCCAGCUUACAAAGAAUGAAUGAAGCUAUAGCUAGCUAGUUAUUGUUAACUCUUCCAGUUCUCCUCUUCUAUUCAAGAACUGUUAAACCUUUUUAUUGCUUUGGGAGAAAAUCGAUUUGAAGCUAUGGUGAUCACCUGAUGCAAAGGCACAAGUAGCUAGCAACUCAUGAGAUCCAUCUUGGAAUGUGAUAGUUAGUGAUAACUCCAUCUUUGAAGCUAGGAGACAUGCGAUGACCCAUGGCUGACUGUGGGGAAGAACACCAGGGUAGAAGAAAUGACUGUUAAACCAGGCGGGUGAAAAUAAUAGGGUUUGUAAGUGGCUACUUUGACACAAGGAGGGUCUGUGAACAAGCUUAGAGGCUUUUGGGAUUGUGAAAGAUUGAGAGCUUGAUUCAGAUUUCUAGGGCAGAUCACCUCUUGCUAGCUCUCUGCAUAUUCAAAGCUACAACAAUGGACAUUGUCUAAGACUGGCUCUUGAAAGUGAAUCAAACGGAGUCUGAGGAGAUAGAAUUGGAAGAGAGCAAGGGAUGCCUCCAAGGUGGUUCCUAUAUCAAGUAGGAAAAGAUGCGAAACGCAUGAUUGACAAAGUCAAAGUGCUCCUGAAUGAAAGCCUAACAUUUACUACUGUUGUGUCAGAUCCUUCUCCUCUAACCACCAGCUUAGAGGUCAUGCAAAUCGCUGAUGACCUUAGAAACCAAAUGGCAAUACUCCAAGAACAAAAAAGAGGAUGUACAACGCUCUGUGGAUGAAGCUCGCAUGAGAGGAGAAGAUAUAAAGGAAGUGGUGGAGUGUUGGUUAACAAGAGUGAAUCAAAUACAGUAUGAGGAAAUGGCAUUGCAUAAUGCAUUGGAAGAGAGCAAGGGAUCAUUUCAAGUAGGGAAAGAUGUAAAUAAGCACAUGAUUGACCAAGAAAAUCAGCUCCUAAAUGAAGAUCCACAAAUUAGUACGGCUGUAUCAGAUCAUUCUUCACUUCCACCCAUCCUAGAAACCAUUCAAAUGCUAGAUUUCCAAAUUUAUGACUCCACCAAAUCAGCCAUGGACCAAAUCAUUGAGGCUUUGAAGUAUGGGAAUAAAAACAUGGUUGGUGUAUAUGGGAUAGCAGGAAUUGGAAAGACGACCUUGAUGAAAGAAGUGGAUAAAUUUUUUAAAAAAGACUGGUUUUUUGAUCAGGUUGUGAUGGUAACUGUGUCUCAAAACCUAGUCUUGAAGAAUAUCCAAGGAAAAAUUGCAGAGAACUUGGGCCUGAGGCUUGGAGAAGAGCACCUUUCUCUGAGAGCAAAAUGUUUAUCAGAGAGAUUGAAGAAGGAGAAGCGAACCCUCAUAAUCAUAGAUGAAUUGUGGAAGCCACUAAAUUUACAAGAUGAGGUUGGAAUUCCCUGUGGAAACAACUGCAAAGUAGUUCUCAUGACAAGACACCUCAAAGUGUGUAAUCAAAUGAAGACCCAAUUCGAUGUUGAAGUAAAAAAUCUAUCAGAAGGAGAUGCAUGGGUUUUAUUCAAACGAGUUGUCGGAGAUCAUAUAGAGGACGAUGAUACGGUGCGUCCAGUGGCAAAGGAAAUUGUUGAAGAAUGCGGAGGUUUGCCAUUGGCAAUCAUUACAGUUGGAAGGGCACUACGAGGUAAGGAUCAAUCUAUGUGGAAAGAUAUGGCUAGCCAACUCAAGAAGUCAAGCUCAUCACCAUCGGAUAUUGAAGGUGUGCAUGAAAAAAUUUUCUGUUCCAUAAAAUUGAGUUACGACUUUCUUGCUAACGAAGCUACCAAAUUUUGCUUCUUGCUAUGUUGUAUGUUUCCUGAAGACAUGUCUAUUUCUGAGGAUGAUUUGCUUCCUUACAUGGUGGGGGAGGGGGUAUUUGGAGAUACUAAUAGCCUUAAGGAAGCGAGGGAUAAGUUGCACAACCACAUAGAAGGACUCAAGGGAUCCUACUUAUUAUUAGAUGACAGUGGAAGGAUGGAGGGAUGUGUGAGGAUGCAUGAUGUCAUUCGGGAUGUGUCAAUAUGGAUUGCAUCGAAAGGUCAUGAUUUUGUUCUAAAGUCUGGUACAGGAUUGAGACAUUUUCCAGAAGAAGAUAGGGAGAACCUAAAGAAAUGCAAGCGACUUUCACUAAUGCAAAAUGAAAUUACUAAGCUCCCCAAUCGACUUGAUUGUUCUGAUCAGCUUCUAAGCUUAUCCUUAAGGGACAAUAGGUCUUUGAAAGAAAUCCCGGAUGAAUUUUUUCAAGGGAUGAUAUCAUUGAAGACUCUAGAUCUAGGAAGAACAAAAAUCUCUUUGAUGCCAUCUUUAUUGUCAUGCUUAACUGACCUUCGAGUGUUGCGUAUUAGUAAAAGUAGUCAGAUGACUUUUGAUGUCUCAUUACUUGGGAAGUUGAAGAAACUUGAAAUACUUCACCUAUCUGACUGCAAUAUAAAACAAUUGACAGAAGAAAUAGGAGAUCUUACAAAUCUGAAAUCAUUGGAUUUGUCAUGGAAUCAAGGCUUGACUAUUGCCCCAAAUACCCUAUCGAAGUUGUCUCUGUUGGAAGAACUCAAUCUUGAGGAAAGCUUUCAUGAGUGGGAGAUUGACGAAAGAUCAACAUCUGCAGAAGAAGAAGAAGAAGAAGAAGAUGACAACGAUGAUGAAGACGGGAUAUUAAGUAAGAAGGCGUACUUAUUUGAGGUUGCAUCUUUGUGUGCUUUGACUCAGCUAAAGAUAAGGGUAUCGAAUCUCAAAAUUUUGUGCCCAAAUAAUAUCCCAUUAAGAUGGGAAAAGCUGAGUCGCUUCUCAAUAAUUUUGGGUAACAAUUGGGAAAGUUCUCUUGUUUCUAAGUGUGCCACCCAGUUGCAUAUUUGUGGAUCCAUCCCUCCAUUUUCCGAUUGCAUGAUCUUUUUGUUGGAACGAUCAGAAGGGCUAUUUCUAAUAAAGUGUCCUGGUAUCAAGUACAUUCACAUUCUAAGCCAUAGUGCAAUAAGGGUUUGGAAUUCUAUUCGGAUUCUUCAUGUUGAAAAAUGUGAUGAUGUGGAAUAUCUUUUGAGUACCACUACUGUUGAUGUUGAUGAGGCAGAAGAAGAGGCCAUUCCACAGCAAAUAAUCCCAAUAUUAAGCAGUUUGGAAAAGUUAUACUUAUGGUCCUUACCGAAAUUGGAGUCAAUCUGCCAAUAUGGGUCUCUUCCAGUUCCAAGCGAAGGAGGAGGAGGAGGAGGAGGAGGAGGAGGAUUCUUCUACUUUUUCAACAACCUAAGAUUUCUAGAUGUGUAUGAAUGUUGGAGUAUAAUUAGUAUCAUACCCUCUGAUCUGCUGGCAAAGCUACCAAAUUUAGAACAACUCCAGGUAAGGUGGUGUCCUGAGACAACUGAGGUAUUCAACUCCACAGGAUUAUUACUUGAUGAAGGGGGGCAUCUGCAGGCUACAACAAUAUUGACGAAACUGAAACGAUUGCAUCUAGAAUUCCUUCCUAAUCUAAGGACCAUAUGGGAAGGCAUUUUAUCGCCUUUAAGCCUUCUGAACCUAGAGGAGAUAGAAGUGAGAGAAUUAAAUUUGAAAUUCAUGUUCUCACUGGCCAUGGCACAGAGGUUUCACCAACUAAAACAGCUUCAGCUUGAGGGUUGUUCUAAUAUGGUGCAAAUUAUCUCAUUAAUGGAAGGAGAUGAAGAAGAGAUCAAUACAUCCUCAUCAAGACUACAGUCGAAUUAUUCAACAAAUAAUGAUUUGUCUUCUUCUUUUUCUUCGUUAGUACUACUGCCAAGCACUCCAAUUUUUGGCAACCUAAGUGUCACACCCCGUUCACCCUGA